AUGCCGCGCAGUCGCAGAUAUCGCUCCUUUGUCGUUUUUAGCAUCAUUUUUGGCCUUGCUUUCGUCCAUUUCCUGAGGUCGCGCGAAUGGUCCGACGACUGGCCCGGGACAAAGGAUCUUCAAGCCCCCCCAACAGCUAUCAACCACGAUUCCCCCGUAUCUCCUCCUGAGCCAGCAACGGAGAUAAAGUUCAAGUCAGGCCCUGCAGGCGAGAGACCAUCUGCUCCAGAAGAACUGCCUUUGAAGAAUAAAGAACUACCCAAGGAUCGAGAGACUGGAAAACAGAAAGAACUCGUCGACGAUGAAACCUGGAGCACAGAGACCACCUAUUCCCCGACUGAUUAUUCAGACGCACUCGAUCCGCCGUCAGUGGAGGAAUCAAGUCUGAAAAUUUUCGGUGACAAACCUCAGAGCGAAGUUACGGAACAGUCGGGUACCAAGAAACAGUCGGACCGGGUUGGGACAUCGAAUCAGCUUCCAACAAACACAAUCAAGCAGCAUUGGGAGAAGCUUCCCGAACACUUCCCUGUUAAUGAAUAUGAUCUCAUUAAGCUCCCCACCGGCCGGCCUACAUCGCUGCCCAAGCUUCAGUCCACGUUUAAAGACGAGUCUAAUACAGAAAAGCUUCUACGCACACAGAGACUCGCGGCUAUCAGAGAAGAAUUCGAACAUGCAUGGGAUGGCUAUACAGAAUAUGCACUAGGACACGAUGAGAUACGGCCUGUCACCGGGCAAUACCGAGAUCCCUUUGCGGGCUGGGGCGCCACACUCGUUGAUGCGCUAGACACCCUGUGGAUCAUGGACUUGAAAGAUGAAUUCGCCGCCGCCGUAGAAGAGGUGAGGAAGAUUGAUUUCACCACUUCCAUUCGGCGGGAUAUCCCUCUCUUUGAAACGGUGAUUCGCUACUUAGGCGGUCUCCUUGGUGCGUACGACAUUUCUGGUCAGAAAUACUCGGUUCUGUUGGACAAGGCAGUGGAACUGGCUGAAAUAUUGAUGGGUGCAUUUGACACGCCGAAUAGAAUGCCAGUCACAUACUACAAUUGGGCUCCUGCCGCCGUGGCUCAGCCUCAUCGUGCUGGUACUCGUGUCGUUUUGGCUGAAUUGGGAUCCUUGUCUAUGGAGUUCACCCGCUUGGCUCAGUUGACUAUGGAGCAUAAAUAUUAUGACGCAAUAGCUCGCAUUACGGACGAACUUGAGAAGAUGCAGAACAACACUAGACUUCCUGGAAUGUGGCCGCUUGUGGUGGAUGCUUCUGGGUGCGCUCCGCUUAGCAGCUCUUCCCUUGAGCAUCCGACUCGCACCGAAAAGUCUGGUGUUGUAAUAAACAAAUCUAGCGGGCUAGGAAUAGCGAAAUCCUCGCCUACAAUGGUGCUGGAAAAGCAUCUCCCUAUCCCCAAGGACAUGGAGAAACGAGAUCCUGGGCUAGAAUCUGAUGCGGAGCCUGCAGAUUAUGAAACUGGAACGAAAGCAACCACUCCAUUGACAUCUAUCCCAGCCUCAAAGCAGGACUGUACAAAGCAAGGGCUAGCAUCUCCCCCUAGAACUGCCUUUGACAGAUUUGGUUUGGGUGGACAGUCUGAUUCAACUUACGAGUAUUUGCCGAAAGAACAUAUGCUUCUCGGAGGUCUUAGUGAUCAAUAUCGCAGCCUUUACGAGAUAUCUAUGGAACCGGUGCGCGAUAAUCUCAUCUACCGGCCCAUGCUUCCGGAUGAAGAAAGGGAUAUACGAUUUGUCGCAACUGUGCAAGUUUCCGACAACUUGAAAGACGGAACCGGAGAAAAGAACACCAAGUACACCUAUGAAGGCACUCAUCUGACCUGUUUUGCCGGCGGCAUGUUUGCUGUGGGGGCUAAAUUAUUUGGCCUUGAGGGUGAUAUGAAUAUUGCAGCUAAACUUACUGACGGUUGUGUUUGGGCGUAUGAAUCCACCAAUACCGGCAUCAUGCCAGAGGGAUUUGAAAUCCUCCCUUGCGACGACCCUUUGGCAUGUCCGUGGAACGCAACUAGGUACAUGGACACAAUGGAUCCCCAUGAGAAGUCUCGCAUUAUCCAAGCAGAGAAGUCGUAUGAACGCCAGUUGCUACGCGCAAAGGAGGCCUAUUAUGGGAUAUCUCAUGAAACGCAGCCUUCCCAGGAAAAGAAACCUAAUAUUGUCUCCCCGGUUCGGAAUUCUGUAGUCGAAGAAAGCGAUACUAUCGCUAAACGUGAUAUCAACCCUCGUGGCUUGGAUGAUUAUGAUGAACAUGCACAUCUUUCUACUUCAAAUUCCAAGGUGGUCCAGGAAGAAGCAUCGAAAUUGCUUCCAGAUGUCGACGAUCCGAACUUUGUAGCUCCUCCCAAGCCUACGGUUCUCUCUCAUGAGGAUUAUGUUGCUGCCCGGUUGCAGGAAGAGCGUAUUCCUCUCGGCUAUACCAAAAUCCAGUCUCGAAAGUAUAUUCUCCGACCCGAAGCCAUCGAGUCCGUUUUCAUCAUGUACCGACUUACGGGCGAUAACAUUUGGAGAGAAAAGGGAUGGAAAAUGUUCGAAGCGAUUGCACGGCAUUGCCGGACAGAACUUGCAGACUCUGCUAUUUCAGACGUCACUAGCAAAGCACCCGAGCUCCUCGAUGAGAUGGAGUCUUUCUGGUUAGCGGAGACUUUGAAAUACUUCUAUCUAUUGUUCAGCGAUCCCAGCGUUGUUAGUCUCGACGAAUAUGUUCUAAUUGGCCCAGCAGGCACGCGACGGGAUGAGUGUGCAAUCAAGUGGAGCGGAUUUGUUGUUGUUAUGCAGGACAUGGACCUGGAAGAAGUCUCCUACGACCUGGAGGAUGAGAAGCAAUUCUGGGCAGAACUGGAAGAAAUAGUGUCGAAGCAAUGCGACUCGCAUGCCCUCAUUGACAAUGCCCUUCGCACGUAUCUUGAUUUCGGCGCCAAGUUUAAGGGCGAAUUUCUCGUCAGCGAAUAUGAUAUAUCCUGUUGCUCAUACAAGCUCUUCUCGUCAAGCCUCUUCGCUCAGCACGCAGACUACAUUCGAAGACAGAUAAUAUAUAGUUUACUCCAGAAUGACGGCACUUUUCAGCUCAUGAAUGAGGAAGGUUGUUUUCCAAAGCUUCUGGAACUCAUUCGCUCCCCGGGUAUCAAUCUCGACAACGGUGCUGGUCUGCAUCGUCUAUUGAUGGAUCUUCUUUAUGAGAUGUCUAGAAUACAGAAAAUAAAGAUAGAGGAUCUAUUUUGCGUUGACGAUGACUUUGUCAAAUAUCUUUUCGAAAUCAUUGAGGGUGUUUCUGAUGACGCUCAUGACCCCUAUCACUAUCCCGUGAUUCGCGUUUUGCUAGUAUUGAACGAGCAGUUUAUGGUUUCAGCACACGACCCUGCUUCAGGGCUAUCAUCUAGCCCUCUCACAAAUAAAGUGAUGAAGGUUCUUUCCGUACAUGGCAAUAUCUAUAAAACGUUUGGUGAAAACAUCAUCCUAUUACUCAAUCGAGAAGGCGAAACAUCAUUGCAAUUACUUACGCUCAAGUUACUCUAUCUCAUCUUUACGACUCCGUCUACCUAUGAGUACUUCUAUACAAAUGAUCUACGAGUCCUCGUUGAUAUAUUGAUCCGAAACCUUUUGGACCUUCCAGGAGAAGCCAUAGCUCUAAGGCACACGUAUCUAAGGGUUCUAUAUCCCCUUCUGGCCCAUACUCAGCUGAAAAAUCCCCCUCAUUACAAAUGUGACGAAAUAAGGAAAACACUGAGUAUCCUGGUUCAUAGCCAGAUCGAAGGCUCUGACUCUGUUUGUGAAAGAAUCAUGCAUUUUGCAGAGGCUGACGAAACAACCAAAAGGCUUGUCUCUCGGUGUAGCCAAGUGGAAUGGCUACGGGAUGCUGGGCCACAACUACACGGCACCGCAGAAUUACAGCUCUCGGAAGAAGUUAUGGCCAUUUCUAUCUCAUCUGGCAUGCCUCCCGCAACCCUCUCUGAGUCACCAAUUUCACAGGAUUCAGAUGCAACAACUUCGCCCACCAGGCCUGAAUCAGAACCGCCUAGUGCUUUCUCUAGUGGGGACGAAAAGUCCACGGAGACUCUUGGGGUGCACUUAGGGUCAGCUACUUCAUCCAAGCUCAGCAUGCUAGAAGUAGCAAGACAGAGUGAGAUACCGGGCAUUGUGACCCCAAGCCUUAAAAAUAAAGCAUCACAGCAGCCCAUUGUGUCUGUUGGCAAGGUGAGACCAAGGCCACAGCCCCCCAACCCGAGACGCACAUACCCCAAACCCCAUGGCAAAGGAGAUCAUGACGAUGGACGCGGGAGACCCGCGGACCGGACCGAGACCGCGCCGAUAUCGACAGACAGCCCCGGCCCAGUUGGAACGAUAUUACAAGCGCCGGAAACAUCUAUCUCCAGGUCUACAUCGAGACCAAGACCAGCUGUGCCGCCGCCUCGAAGGUCUCAGCAUCCAUCAUCAACUACCAAAUCUAGCACCAAGCCCGAACCUCCAAAAACGCGUCGAUGGCGACAUGGUCCGAAGCCAUCUACGGAGCCACCUUUGGACGAGGGGGUGGACGAGACCGCUUCUUCUCCUUCCCCUCAGAGGAGCUCAGGUGAUUCUUACACCAUAAACGAUACUUAG